UUGGCUCGUCGGAGCAUGUGGUCUGACAGUGGAGGGAGCAACGCCAGUGGAUAUUACGGCGAUUAUGGAGGAUAUGACGAUUAUGGUGGAUACAACAGCCGCGAAAAGCAAGUUGUUUCAUGCAAACGAUGUGGGGGAUACCAGGUGAAAAAUGAGGUAGGGAGGAUGGGCCGCGGGGGGAGGGGUAGGCGGGUGGCGGUGGUUGCGCUGGCGGGAGUGGGUCUGCUGCUGCUGCUGCUCUACAAGCUGCAUGUCUGCUCCACGCUGCAGUGGCAUGCUGAACACGCACCCAGGAUGGUCGCCAAACAGAACUAUGUUGUCGACAAAAACAACAAAGUGUAUACCUACGACAGGUAUAUGCCUUUAAUUUUCAUUGGAGGAGUUCCACGAUCGGGAACUACCCUGAUGCGAGCUAUGCUUGAUGCACAUCCCGAUGUUAGAUGUGGCCAAGAAACUAGAGUGAUACCUAGAAUUCUCCAAAUGAGACAACAUUGGAUGAAAUCCAAUAAAGAAAGUCUUAGGUUAAGAGAAGCUGGAGUUCACACUGAUGUGAUAAACUCUGCGAUAGCGGCGUUCUGCCUGGAGGUGAUAGCGAGGCACGGCGAGCCGGCAGCCCGGCUGUGCAACAAAGACCCUCUCACGCUCAAGUCAGCUGAUUACCUGUCGCAGCUCUUCCCGCAGGCCAAAUUCAUAUUCAUGGUGAGGGAUGGACGUGCCACUGUCCACUCUAUCAUAUCCAGGAAGGUGACAAUAACAGGGUUCGACCUGACGAACUACCGGCAGUGCUUGGGAAAGUGGAACGAGGCGAUCAGCGUGAUGUACGAGCGAUGCGGCCAGGUGGGCCCCUCACGCUGCAUGCUCGUCUACUACGAACAGCUGGUGCUACACCCCGAGCACUGGAUGCGCCGCAUCCUCAACUUCCUCGACGUGCCCUGGAACGAGUCCGUGCUGCAUCACGAGGAUCUCAUCAACAAGCCCGGAGGAGUGCUGCUCUCAAAAGUGGAGCGCUCGUCGGACCAGGUGAUCAAACCGGUGAACCUGGAAGCGCUGCAAAAGUGGGUCGGCCAGAUGCCAGACGACGUAGUCGCGGACAUGGCGAAGAUAGCACCGAUGCUGUCACGGCUCGGCUACGACCCGCACGCCAACCCACCCAAGUACGGCUCACCUGACGCGUUCGUCGCCGACAACACGCAACGCAUCCGCCUGCAGUCGAAGCUGUGGGAGGAGAAGGCGUUGGAGCUGCUGGACGGCCAUCAUGCGCCGCCGGCUGACGUCACUGAGGAGAGCAGUCAGCGGACGCCCGCUGCGUGACAAAGGCCUCCGCCACCGCCUCUGCCCCCUAACUAUUUCUAGGACUACUAAGUGAUUGUCAACCCAUUGAAAUAAGGAUACAGUUUGACAUGUGAUGACUGAUAUUCUGGUUUGAACAUGGAUGUACCAUGAAACUCUUGUAAAGAAUUGAAUUCACUAGUUGGUCACACAAAAUCCCUGGAAUAUGUGAGUUUUCAAAGGAUCUGAUUAGAUGAUUGACUGGGAUUCUAGUUUGAUAAUAUAUCAUGGAUGUACCGGUACCAAGAAAGUAAAGUAAAGAAUCGAAUUUUCUAGUUGGUUUGCAAUAUCCCUGAAAUAUGUGAGUUUUCAAUGGAUUUGAUUAUAUGAUUGUAAAAUUUCCACAUUUAAUGUGGUGACUGGCAUUCUAGUUUGAUAGUUUUAUCAUGGAUGUAUCAAGAAACUAGAGUGGAGAAUUGAAUUUACUAGUUGGUUUCCAUCCCUGGAAUAUGUGAGUUGUCAAGGGAUCUUAUUAGAAUAUUGACUGGGAUUCUGGUUUGGUAGUAUAACAUGUACCAAGAAACUAAAAUAAAGAAUUGAAUUUACUAGUUGGUUUCCAUCCCUGUAAUAUGUGAGUUGUCAAGUGAUCUGAUUACAUGAUUGACUGGGAUUCUGGUUUGGUAGUAUAUAUCAUGGAUGUGAGCAAGAAACUGAAGUGAAGAAUUUAAUUUUCCAGUUGGUUGACAAUAUCCUAGUAAUAUUCCAGGAAUGUCAAAAAUUGGAAAUGUGAUUUGGGAUCAGACUGUUUGAGUGAGGUUCUGAUUAGGUUGUUUAUUGGAAAUCAAAAUGGAGAACAGUCCAGAAUGUAAAAAAUCGAAAAUGUGAUUUGAUAGGUUGUCAAGGAAACUGGUUGUUUUUUUACAGAUAUGACUAGUACUUCACGGUAAAUCAAUGUACCUAAAAUACAGGUAAAAUACAUUAAAUCAAUGUACCUAAUAUUCUAGGUACCUUGCAGUAAAUUAUACAUAUAAUUUACGUACUUUUUCAUGUAUGCAAUGGGAUUACUAACAAGUCAUGUAAAAGAGCAUCAGGAUCUGAUUGGUUCAUACGGAUUUUGAUGGUUGAUGGAAUCUGGGUAGUUUAUCGAAGAAGUAUAGAAUUGAAUUUUCUGAUUGACUGAAUAUUUCUUGAGUUUUCCUAAAAUAUGAAGGUUCUUAAUUUCUGAUUGAUUUUGAAUUGUCUUAGAUAAUUGAUUGAAAAUCAU